AGGAAGUCUUCAUUCCCGAGAUCACGUUUCUCUCGAGAUUUCACCAGUUGCUAUAUAACAACAAAAUGUGACAUUUCAUAUGUUCCAAGUAAACCCUAUUUAAAAUUGAUUUAAGACACAUUAUUGAUUAACAAUGGAUACAACCGAAAGUGUAGAUUUUGACUUCUUUGACACACCAAGGGUUGACGACAGUUUAAGUCCACAAUCAAAGAAAACUAUUGACAAAAAGACGGUAAGCCCGACAAGUGCUUACAGGCAGAAAAAAGAUGGCGACUUAUCGCGUAACGGAGACAAGAAGAAAGCUAAAGUUAAUUCUAAAAAGGAAGAGAAGUAUAAGAGUAGUGACAAUGACUUAAGUAGUUCAGAAUCUGAUUCAAUAACACCACGCUAUAAAACAAAACAAUAUGACCGCAAUAACAGAAACAAUAGAGCUAGUUCACCAUCGGAAAGUUCUAGCGCAUAUUCUAACAGUGAUUAUUCUUCUGAUGAAGAUGAGCAAGAAAGGAAGUCUAGCAGUAGUGUUAAAAAGGAGAAAUUAAAUGUACAUAUGCCUAGGGCAAAUAUCGAGGCAUGGAGUGAGGAACAUCCCGGUAAGGAAAGAGAAAAACAAAACAAACAUUCAUAUGAGUCAUCUGACAGUGAUAUUGAUCUAGAACAUGAACCAGUUAAUACAUCUGAUUCCAACCAUAGAAAAUCUAAGAUUUCUCAGAAUCGGAAGAAAAGAGGCAAUGGUAAAAAAAAGUUAAUAAGAUCAAGCAGUUCAUUUUCAAAUAAUAGUGAUAUCACUGAUGUUUCCCCUCUAGAGAGCCCUGAAGGGAGUCCGAGAUACUCACAUAAACGUGAUACAAAAGACAAAGGUAACAAGUCUGUGCAAUAUUCUGAUAAGAAUGUCGAUCAUUCUAUAAAUUUGGAAUCUGAUGAGAUAGAUUUAAGUAUUUUAAUGAAGUGUAUGGCAGAUAUUGACAAAGAAAAACAAGAGAGACUGAAAGCAAACUCAAGGAGGGUAAUGUUUGCACAACCUACUACAGGAGGAAGUAAAAAUAGUAAAGGUAACUACACAUUUUCUAUGGGUCAGGCAAAGUUGAUUGAAAAAGAAAACCAACGGCUUUUAAAGAAGAUAAUGAAUCAGAUGUCAGGUCCGGUCAAAAAAGCUCCAGGUACUAUCCCACGUCAAAGAGAACAAAAAAGGAGAGGUGAACCCAUUGUUCAAAGACUGACCCCUUCUGCUGUAAACCGUAUGCGAGAACAGAGACGUAUAGAGGAACAAAACAUGCAAAUGCUCAAUAGGUUACAAACAGUUAGGCCAUCAAAAGGAAUGUCGAGAUCUGAACAAAUCACUGAGGCAGAACGUCAGAUGUCAUAUGGAAUUCCAGGUGGCACCCUGAUUGUGCAAGGUGACAGUUCCCAUUAUGAAACAAGGUCUUUCAGACCUCUACACAGUUCCAUGAGCCAAACAGCAGGAUCUACUCAAAGGUCAAGGCCAUCAAGUGCUAAAUCCAAUUCUUCAUUUGUUAUAAGUCAAGGGAAGAGGUCACGACCUUCAAGUGCAAAGUCAAAUGCAUCAGUGAGGUCAAAUGUCUCAGUAAGGUCAAAUGUCUCAAAAAUGUCAGGUGUUUCAAUGCGCUCAAAUAUGUCUACAUCAGGUGUAAGGAGAUUGGCCGAUGGUAGAAUAGACAGAAGACCUGUUUGGGAUGAUAGAUUUUCAUUCUCUUAAACAUUCAACUUUCAAGAACAAUGAAAGUAUAUUCUGUCUGUCUUGCAUAAAUCUCAUGUAUUAAAGGAGCUCUCCCCAGGAAAAAAACGAAACAUUUAAAUUUAAAAUUAUUACAUAGAUCAAGUCUAGCACUUAAAAUGUAAAAAUCUGCAAAGGAUAAUAAGGAAUAUGCUAAUAAGGAAAUUGUAAAACAAUUUAUGAGUGAUAAACAUGUGAAAGAGUUGUAAAGCUUUUCAUUUUUGGGUCAUUUUGCACAAGAAAAAAUGAUUACUUUGAAAAAAAUAUGGUUGAGGAAAUACCUUAAAAAUAUGCACACAAAUUAUUGGAUCAGACUUAAUCAAAUGGUAUAAAAAUCUUAAAAAAAUAUUUCUAGUCUCAUCAAAAAACCUUAGUGAAGUCCCUUUAAAGAAUUAAAAAAAAUGUCAGGAAGCAUUUAGUUUCUGUCUCUUUUUAAAGUUUUUAUAGAUUAUUUUUGUGACUUUAUGUAUUGUUGCAUGAAUCUUGGUCAUAAUCCAUGUAUUUGUACAUGAAUUAUGAUCAUUGUCCAAAAAAGCUAUAUUUCAAGCCUACUUUAAACAAUUUUAAGAAUUCAGGUUUUACUUUUCCAAAUGAAAAUUCUAUGGAAAAAUCACAAAAUAUUUCAGAUGAACAGUAAGUUAACCAUUUUUUUUGUCAAAAUACAAUUGUUGUUGAUUUUCAUAACCUGUGUCAAUUUUCUGUAUUUUCAAUUCAGUUAGAAAUUAUGUCAGUAAUGUGGGUGAUAAAUGAUAUGUUCAUAUGGGUUAGAGACAAUGUAAAUUUGUUUCAUUGAUUUAUGCUAAUUUAAAUGUAGCUUUUUCUCUGGCAAUAGUCACUUUAAGGCACAGCAUUCAUAAAUUUCUAAGGUUGUGAACAUAAAUGUGAACCAUUUGCAUAUAUGUUAAAAACCAUGAUUUUUAUUUACAGAUUUUGAGACUGCAUAUAAAAUACUAAAUUUAUAAAUUAUGAUUUUUUUUGGAGUUGUAGUUAUGAUAAAAUGUUAAUGAUAAUUUGGGGCUAAAGUCUAGGCCAAAUGAGAUACAUUUAUUCUAUAAGAUAAAAAUAGAGAUCACAAUUUUCAUACUCAUUGCCUUCAGUGUCAGUCUUUUUUUUCUUUGUACAUGUACAUGUAGCUUUUUAAUUGUAAAGAAUUUUUUUUAUUUUACUUAAUGUUAAGUGCUUUCUUGGGAGAAAAAAUGUGAGUAACCAUGCAAUAUUGUGGCAUUUAAUAUUUUAAAGUUAAUGAACACAUCAAACCACUAAUACUGUACAUGACCUCAUUUUGUAUAUUAACUUACAAACAUCAUCAGUACCAUAAUGUAUCAUAGCUACACAUUUUAUUUUCUGUAAUCUUAUUUUGCUUUGAAUCUGAUGCUUGCAAUUUAAGUUAUAUUAUAUAGGAACUAAAAAUUUAGUGCAGUGGCAAACAAAGUGUGGAAUACACAAAUGUAGUUUUAGCAUACCACUUUAAAUAGCAGUUUUUUUCGCACUAUAUACAUUGUAUAAGUGUUUGUUUUAUUCUUAAAUAGAAUAAGUGCCAUGUUUGAUUUAGAUAGGUUUUAAAAAAUCAUAUACUGCAUUUGUAUUGAUAUUUUUGUUCAUUAUUAGAUAAAAGCAAAGAAAUAGUGAUGUCUCAUGCAUUUGUCAAUAUUGACAUUAUUUUAUCACAAUUAUAUAGUCCCAUUUUUCUAACAAACUUGUUAUUAUAUUAUAAAAUAAUACAUGCGGUCAUCUUUUAGCUCAGACUUACAUAUCACUUUUUACCAUUGUUUACCAUCAUUAUCAUUAUAUUGAACAAAAUUCAAGCUCUAACUUGUAGCAACUGUUGUUAAUUAAAACAUUUGCUUUUAAUCUACUUGUAUAACAAUCACAAAAGAAAGAGGUGUGGUAACAAAAAUACAAUGUAUUUAUGUACCAACCUGUAUGAAAAUUGCCUGAAUUUAUGACAAUUCAGACAUUAUGACAAUCAAUGACAAGAUUUGUAAAGGAUAAAAAACCAGACAAGAAUAUUGAUGAAUAUGAAGUUUUCCAACUUGUGGCACAUUUUCAUAUUUGAAUUUCAUUACAUGUAUAUGUACAUGUAUAUUAUGAAGACAUCUAAAUCAUUUUGUUGCUCAUUUUAGUAAUACAUGUUACACAUAUCAUAUACUGUAAAUUGUUACCAUUUGUUAAACUGCCUUGUUAAAUAAUUAAACAUCAUCCUAUCAUUUUUAAAAAUUGAACAGAAUUUUUUUUUUGAUUUUAUGAAAAAUCCUGUUUUGGUAUGCUUCUAAAAAAAUUUAUGAUGAAAGACCAUAUUUUUUCCCAUAAUUAUCCUGAAAGAAAAAUGUUUAGAAAACUAAGGUAGGGUCUUUCUUUGAUACAUGCUUGCUAAAGUUUUACUUUGAAAUUUGGUAAGCUAAUAAAUGUUAUAAAGCUAAAUUCAAGGUAAAGUAGAUUAAAGAAAAAUAUAUAGAUUGAUGAAAAUUUGGUAAUCAGUUUUAAGCUAGCCACCCAAUUGUAAUGGACUUUGGCAACAAUGUUCCACUUUAUAAUAUUAUGUCAGUUAAUGAAAACUGUUGGUAACAGUAUAUGACUGUGAUAGUUUAUUAAAGUUGAUUUGUUAUAAAUUUUAUGUAUACAAUUUUCUUCAGAUGUUUUUUUAUGCCCCCGGGCAUA